AUGAUCAACGGAAGCAGUUAUGAGGAAGAAGAAGAACUUAAUGGGUACGAUGAUUACGCAGUUGAUGCUAGCGAACGAUACCGCAGUCGAAGUAGGGAGCGUGAUAGGAAGCAUCGCCACCACCACAGCUCAAGGCGUCACCGUCAUCGUCGCAAAAGGUCACAUUCAAGGAGUAGAAGUAGGGAGAGGAUGUCUGGAAAGGUUCACAUCAAUCCCAAUUUUACGCCAACUCUGGGACCAACAGCCUCUUCACUACUGGAGACAAACAAUGUUCUCGAGGCAGAGGUGGUCCGUUUACGAAGUGAACUAAGUUGCACUGGAAUCCGCAUCCGUGCGCUAGAGAACGAGCUUAGUAAUGGAACUAUGUUGCGAGGAAGUUUAGAACAAGAAUUGUCUGUAUCUCGACUUAGUUGUCAAAAGCUGCAACAAGCCGCUACGAAGAGCUCUCAGGUACUUUCUUCGCUCCGCACAGAGAUCGCAAAUGUCCGUAAAGAGAAGGAUCGUCUAGUAGAAGUUCUUAAGCAAACAGAAAUGCAGCUGGCUGCAAAUUCCGAACAAGUGUUAUUUUUGACCAAACGGAACGAGACAUUAGGGAAAAAAUGUGAAGAGCUAGUAGAGAAGAAUAAGAUUCUACGGGAGGAGAAGGAUGAAGCUGUUCAACUUGUUACAUCUAUGACCAGAGAAGUUGAAAAUAUGCAAGCAAGCGUUGAUCUCAGACUAGUGGAGUACAAAAGGAUGGAAAGUGAUCUUGCCACAGCCCGAGAGAAAGAACGUAUGUGGAAAGUGGAAAAGUUAGAGUUGGAACGAAAAUUGACUGCAAAGGACUCAUUAUUAACAAGCGAAAGAAAGAGAGCAGAAGAGCAGAAGAAGCGCGACAAAACUCAACUAGAGACGCUCGAAAGGAAGUUGAAAAGCGAACAACCUGGUUGGGAAGCUCAGCUCGGAGUUGAAGCAGUUUUUCGCGCUGUCGAGGCAAUUAGAAAGGAGUUCGGAGGACAAUUACAGGAACUUCAUGAGCAGAUGCGUCCACUUAAAGAACAAAGUUGUGCUAUUGCUUCGUAUCAGAUGACCGCAGGUCGUCCACCACGUGUGCUAAGCGCACCUCCGAUGUCUGCUGCUUUUGGGUCGCAAGUAUCUUCCAGUGAUAUUGGAUUCCUGGGCAAACCUGCUAAAGUAGAAUUGCUCAGGGAAAUACCUAAGCCUGGAAAGGAUAUGAGGCGACAGCGCUUCCAGAGGAAGCGUAAAUCGAGCUUCGAAAUUCAUCGUUUCAACACCAUUGACCGUUCUCUCUUAGAUACAGUGCAAUAUCUCAGUCCGGAUCCAGCCCGAGAUAUUAAAAGAAAUCCACCGACCGGUCGCCAUUUUGACCGGUGGACUAAGCAAGUCUUCCUCGAAUCUCGAACUCUAGCAUGCAUUUAG